CACAUUCACCCUGAGUCACCUGUCCAGAGCAGGUGGUGAAUGCAGUGUCUGACUCACAGCAUCCCACCCACUGGAGCUGGGAGCUGACUCGGAGGCUGAGAAAGGAGGGUCCAUUUCUCAUUCCUUGCCGGCUCGGACCCAGGCCUGAGCCACAGGCUGUCCAGGGAUAAAUGGUGCUGCAGUCCCUGCUAGGCAGCUGGAGAGAGAAGCGAGGGAGGUGGCAGCCCUGGGGGACUGUGCCCAGGGAGGUAGGUGGGCACCAGGGACUCAUGAAGUGGCUGCUAAGCCCAUUCCAGUUGCCACCCGUCAGCCAAGGGCCAGAGACCAGGAGAGGAAGAGAGGCAGCUUCACUUCCUCGCUGAGGAUGGAGUCACACAGCCGCUCUGGAAAGAGCAGAAAAUCUGCAAAAUUCCGGUCCAUCUCUCGGUCCCUGAUGCUCUGUAAUGCUAGGACCAGUGAUGAUGGCUCUAGCCCUGAUGAGAAAUAUCCUGAUCCCUUUGAGAUUUCCCUGGCCCAGGGCAAGGAGGGAAUUUUCCACUCAUCUGUGCAGCUGGCAGACACGUCGGAGGCUGGGCCCAGCAGCAUUCCUGACCUAGCACUGUUUUCUGAGGCUGCUCAACCUCAAGCAGCUGGGAGUGAUCGAGGCAAGAACUGUAGGAAGCUCUUCUUCAUGAAGGAAUCUUCUACAACUUCCUCUCGAGAAAAGUCUGGAAAACUCGAAGCACAGAGUACUAACUUCCUGUUUCCAAAAGCCUGCCACCAAAGGACUCGCAGCAACUCGACCAGUGUUAAUCCUUAUAGCACGGGAGAAAUUGAUUUUCCAGUUACCAAGAAAUCCGCAGUUGCCACAGACAGGCAGCCCUGCUCCCUCUGCAGCAGCAGAAAGUCCCUCUCGCAGCAACUGGACGGUCCCGCGGCAAAGGCGUUGGGCACUUCAAGACCCACGCGAUCGUUGAGCACGGCCCAGCUUGUGCAGCCCUCUGGGGGCCUCCAGGCUUCUGUCAUCUCCAACAUCGUGCUGAUGAAGGGCCAGGCCAAGGGUCUGGGCUUCAGCAUCGCUGGGGGAAAGGACAGCAUUUAUGGUCCCAUUGGGAUUUACGUCAAAACCAUCUUUGCAGGGGGAGCAGCCGCAGCUGAUGGAAGGCUGCAAGAAGGUGAUGAAAUUCUGGAACUCAAUGGUGAAUCGAUAUCUGGAUUAACACAUCAGGACGCUUUGCAGAAGUUCAAGCAAGCCAAAAAGGGGCUCCUCACCCUCACCGUGAGAACCCGCCUGACAACGCCCCCCUCCCUGUGCAGCCACCUGUCUCCCCCGCUGUGCCGCUCUCUGAGCUCCAGCACCUGCAUCACCAAGGAUGGCAGCUCCUUUGCCUCGGAAAGUCCUCCGGCUCCUGCCAGCACUACCAAGCCCAAUUACAGAAUCAUGGUGGAGGUUUCUCUGCAGAAAGAGGCUGGCGUAGGCCUGGGCAUCGGCCUGUGCAGUGUCCCCUACUUCCAGUGCGUCUCGGGCAUCUUCGUUCACACACUGUCGCCGGGGUCUGUGGCGCAUCUGGACGGACGCCUCCGGUGUGGCGAUGAGAUCGUGGAAAUCAAUGACUCCCCGGUACACUGCAUGACACUCAACGACGUCUACGCUAUCCUGAGUCACUGUGAUCCUGGUCCAGUCCCCAUCACUGUUAGCCGACAUCCAGACCCACAGGUCUCUGAACAGCAACUCCAAGAAGCUGUGGCCCAGGCUGUGGAGAGUGUCAAGUUUGGAAAGGAGAGGCAUCAGUGGAGUCUGGAAGGGGUCAAGAGGCUGGAGAGCAGCUGGCAUGGGCGGCCUACCGUGGAGAAGGAGCGAGAGAAGAACUCAGCACCCCCACACCGCAGGGCCCAGAAGGUCAUGGUGCGCUCCAGCAGCGACAGCAGCUACAUGUCCGGGUCCCCGGGGGGCAGCCCUGGCAGUGGUAGUGCUGGGCAGCAGCCUUCUGACCUGGUCAGCACACACAGCCCCAGACUGCCCCCGGGGCCAGGCCCAGGAUUGCUUCCCGAAGCUUCCUCCCAGCUGUCCCAGGAGAGUCCAUCCCGCCCUGAGAGCCAGGAUGGCCACCCACCACUGAGGCUGAAGAAAUCCUUUGAGAUUUUGGUCAGAAAGCCUACAUCCUCCAAGCCCAAGCCUCCACCCAGGAAAUACUUUAAAAGUGACAGUGACCCUCAGAAGAGUCUAGAAGAGAGAGAGAACUGCGUAUGCCUUUCUCAGCACACCUUGCCCACCUGCGGCCAGGAAGCCAGAGAGCUGCUGCCACUGUUGCCGCCACAGGAAGAUACUGGGGGGAGGACCCCUCAGGCCACUGCCUGCUGCCCAGGACCUGGAGUUGGUGCCCAGACGACGUCCUCCACAGAGGGUGAGCCAGGCCAGAGGAGAGCCAGCCCAGCAACCCAAACAUCCGCAGUAAGACACCCGCUGCUGAAGAGGCAGCCUCGGAUGGACUACGGCUUUGACACCACAGCCGAAGACCCUUGGGUUAGAAUUUCUGACUGCAUCAAAAACUUAUUUAGUCCCAUCAUGAGUGAGAACCACGGCCACAUGCCUCUACAGCCCAACGUCAGCCUGGGUGAAGAAGACAGGACGCAGGGCCACCCGGAGGGGACCCCACCAAAGCUGGAUGCAGCCAAUGGUGCCCCCAAAGUUUAUAAGUCAGCAGACAGCUGCAGUGGGAAGAAGGGUCCUCCUGUGGCCCCCAAGCCAGCCUGGUUUCGCCAAAGCUUGAAAGGUUUGAGGAAUCGUGCUUCAGACCCGAGAAGGCUGCCUGAUGCAGCCACAUCUGCCCAGCCAACACCCGCCUCCAGGGAGUCCCCAGCCCCCCAUGUGCAGGCCUCGUCCAUCAAGCAGAGAAUCAGCUCCUUUGAGACCUUUGGCUCCUCUCGACCGCCCAACAGAGGAGCCCAGAGACUGGGCCUACAGCCCUCAUCUGGGGCAGCAGCAAGAACUCCUGGCAAGCAAGAGGGAGCAAGGUUUUCUGGCUUCUUGGGGCAAGGGGCUCCCCCAACUCUUCAGUGUCAGCAGCCUGAGCAAGAGCAGCUGCUGCAGGGGGCCCCUACAGCCUUGGACGCCAGAGACCCUGGUGUGUCUGAGUCCCCUCCCUCAGGGCAGCAGACCAGUAAGAAAGCUCCCCCCUCUGACCCGGACCCUCUCUCGAGGCUGCUUUCAACACAGCUUGAGGACUCUCGAGCUCCCAUCCUCAAGAUGCCCAGCCAGCGAGCACGAAGCUUCCCCCUGACCAGGUCCCAUUCCUGUGAUACGAAGCCACUCGAUGAAAAGACCAGCAAACUCUACUCUAUCAGCAGCCAGGUGUCAUCAGCUGUCAUGAAGUCCUUGCUAUGCCUUCCCUCUUCGGUCUCCUGUGGCCAGACUCCUGGUGUCCCCAAGGAGGGGAUGUCUCCAACACCAUCAUCCCACGAAGACUCAGCUGCAAACAACUCUGCCGAAACUCCUGCCUCGGACACUGGGUUCUCACUCAACCUCUCCGAGCUGAGAGAAUACACAGAGGGUCUCACUGAGCCCAAGGAAGCUGACGACAGGGACCACUGCUCUCCCCAGUCUGGCCAGUCUGUCAUCUCCCUGCUGAGCUCAGAGGAACUGAAAAAACUUAUCGAGGAAGUGAAGGUUCUGGAUGAAGCCACAUUAAGGCAACUAGACAGCAUCCACGUCACUGUUUUACACAAGGAGGAAGGUGCUGGCCUUGGGUUCAGCCUGGCAGGAGGAGCAGAUCUGGAGAACAAGGUGGUUACGGUUCAUAGGGUAUUUCCAGAUGGGCUGGCCUCCCAGGAAGGGACUAUUCAGAAGGGCAGCGAGGUUCUUUCCAUCAAUGGCAAGUCUCUCAAAGGGACCACGCACAAUGAUGCCCUGGCCAUCCUGCGGCAAGCUAGAGACCCCCGGCAAGCUGUGAUUGUCACCAGGAAGCCGGCUCUUGAGGGCACACCUGACCUGAACUCCUCUAUGGACUCUACAGCCUCAGCCUCUGCAGCCAGUGACAUUUCUGUAGAAUCUACAGUGGAGGCCACGGUCUGCACGGUGACACUGGAGAAGACGUCUGCAGGGCUGGGCUUCAGCCUGGAAGGAGGGAAGGGCUCCCUGCAUGGAGACAAGCCCCUUACUGUGAACAGGAUGUUCAAAGGAGCUGCCUCAGAACAGAGUGAGACAGUCCAGCCAGGAGAUGAAAUUCUGCAUGUGGCUGGGACUGCCAUGCAGGGUCUCACACGGUUUGAAGCCUGGAACAUCAUCAAGGCAUUGCCUGAUGGACCUGUCUCGCUUGUCAUUAGGAGGACAGGCCUCCAGUCCAAGGGGACCACUGCUGCUGGGAACCCCUAGGCAGAAAAAACACCAGCUGAAGCCAAAGCCAACAGCAGGUGGCCCCAUAACUGCUGAUUCUCAGGGUCUCUGAUCCCUGCCCCACCCAGGCGGGGAAACGCAGGUGUGCUUUCUGGAGGCUGCUGCCCAGGUCCAGACCUUCUGGGCCACCAUCCUGCAAGAAGCUUGUCCCAGAAGCAAGGACAGAGGCACACUUGGGCAGCUGAUACGAACUGUAGGUUAGGUAUAGAGAGCUUAAUGAAAAUACUGUGGUGCCAUAAAUAAAAUCGAUAUAUUACAAUUUGAUAUAAAAUUUGUGUCCUGCUUUGCAAAAUGUUCCAAGUACUGUAAUUGUGCGGCAUUUCCGAAAGCAACAUUUGUUUUUCUCAUGAAUUUGUAAUGUGGGCAGAGCUUGGAAGGGACAGCUCAUCUCUGCUCCCCUUGGAACAGCCACAGGCUGGGGACUGUGGAGGUUCAUUCACUUGUAUACCUAGUAGUAUACCUGGUCCCUGCUGGCUGGGACCUUGCCUGGGAUGCCGGUCUGAAUGCUCACAGGUGGCCUCUCCCUGUGGCACAGGCUUCCUCCCAACAUGGGGCCUGGGUUUCCAGGGUCAGCAUCCCAGGAGUGGGAGAGCCUGGUAGAAGCAGCACCCUGUUCAUGCCCUUAUGCCCUUAAGUCACAUGCAUCAAUUCUGCUGUUCUAUUGGUUAGAGCUGGCACAAGCCUGCCUGGGUUUGAGGGGAGGGGAAAUAUUGCUGGAGCCAUUUUUGGAAAAUAUAAUCUGUUAACACAAAACAUUUGCAAAAUUGUCUUUAGUUGAGUUGGAGGAGUGAUCCUAGGGAAGGGUAGCACCAGGCAGCAGGGCCAGUAAGCAAACAAAAGUAAAGCUCAGAGUUCAAAGUGCAGACAGGUGUGCUGAGACCCACCCAGGCUGAAUGGAAGCGGGGGAAAUAAAAGUUGCUACCACUCACCCGCCGCCUGCCAAGCACUGCUUGGGGUUGAAGAAGGGGUGCUGUCUUUAGUAAUCACGGCAGCCUCUAAGUGCAUGGCUCUGUGCAAGCAUGCUGCUGAGGGCACCAAGAUGUGGGGAAAUGAAGGGCAGGGUGUCUACCUGGUGAGUGAUGAGGCAGAGAGUGAGUCCUUUGCUCUGUGAUGUAUAGAGAUUAACAGGCCUAGAGGCUCUAGGUACAGAGCAUUGUAGGGAAAAUACUCGAGUGUCUGACCAAAGGGAUAUCUGGUUUGGUGAUUUCUUUCUUUGGGGGUGGUGGGAGUGGGGACAGUCUUGUGCAUUGUGGCCUAACUACUUUUUCUAUUUUUAGUAGAGAUGGAGUCUUGCUC